AUGAGAGAGGCCGGCAUGGAAGGGGGCCGCCCGUCCAGCCUGCAGGUCUUCGCCGUCUCCUCCUCGCUGCACGGCGUGAGCCACAUCUUCGCCUACGGCUCGCUCUCCCUGCGCCGCGGCCUCUGGGCCCUCUUCUUCCUGGGCUCGCUGGCCCUGCUGGCGCUGGUGUGCGCCGAGCGCGUCGGCUACUUCUUCCGCUACCCGCACGUCACCAAGCUGGACGAGGUGGCCGUCGCCAACCUCACCUUCCCGGCCGUCACCCUCUGCAACCUGAACGGCUUCCGCUUCUCCAAGCUCAGCCGCAACGACCUCUACCACGCCGGGGCCCUGCUGGCCCUGCUGGACGCCCGCCACGAGGUCAGCGGCGCCCACCUGGCUGACCCGGAGACCCUGGCCGCUCUGCGGGACAAGGCCAACUUCCGGGGCUUCAAGGCGGGCCCCUUCGACAUGGCCGAGUUCUACGACCGGACGGGCCACGACCUGGCCGAGAUGCUCUGGCACUGCAGCUUUCGGGGGAUCAACUGCAGCGCCCGCAACUUCUCGGUGAGCUUCACCCGCCUGGGCAAGUGCUACACCUUCAACUCGGGGGCCGCCGGCGACGAGCUGCUGACCACGGCCAAGGGUGGGACGGGCAACGGCCUGGAGCUCAUGCUGAACAUCCAACAGGACGAGUACCUGCCCGUCUGGGGGGACACCGACGAGACCUCCUACGAGGCCGGUGUGAAGGUGCAGAUCCACAGCCAGAGCGAGCCCCCCUCCGUCGACCAGAUGGGCUUCGGAGUAGCCCCCGGCUUCCAGACCUUCGUCUCCUGCCAGGAGCAGAGGCUCUUCUACCUGCCGGCCCCCUGGGGGGACUGCCAGGCCGCCCCCGCCGCGUCGGCGUUCUUCCCCAACUACAGCACCGCCGCCUGCCGCCUGGACUGCGAGACGCGGUACCUGGCCGAGAACUGCAACUGCCGCAUGGUGCAUAUGCCAGGCAACGCCAACGUCUGCAGCCCGGAGCAGUACAAGGAAUGUGCGGACCCCGCCCUGGAGUUCUUGGUGGAGAAGGACAACGACUUCUGCUCCUGCCUGAUGCCCUGCGAGGCGGUGCGCUACAGCAAGGAGCUCUCGGUGGUCAAGAUCCCCAGCAAGGCCUCCGCCAAGUAUCUUGCCCGGAAGUACAACCGGAGCGAGCAGUACAUUGCGGAGAAUCUGCUGGUGCUGGACAUCUUCUUUGAAGCCCUGAACUACGAGACCAUCGAGCAGAAGAAGGCCUACGAGGUGGCCGGCCUGCUGGGGGACAUUGGGGGCCAAAUGGGCCUGUUCAUCGGGGCCAGCCUGCUCACCCUCCUGGAGAUCUUUGACUACCUGUAUGAGGUGCUGCGCGACAAGCUCUCCAGUUACUACCAGGGCCGGAAGGAGGCUCAGCACAGCAACAGCGACAACCUGAGUGCCUGCCAUCCGCUGCGCGGCCACUCGGACAGCAUCGUGGUCAGCUACCCCGCGGGUGGGCUACCUUGUCACGCCACUCUAACCAGCUUCGAGGAGUUUGCCUGCUGA